ACAAGCAGACCGCGGUGGGUCGAGCCCUACAAAACUCGCCCCAGUAGUUCAGCAAGCAAGGCGAGCUUCCCAGCGGCGCCUCCCGAAUCAGUGCCCCUCGCGGUACACGGAGGCCUGAAAGUUCGUGGGUCCCGUGGAUCGCUGGACACACUGGGACUCAGGACCAACGCCCAUCAUGCACUCAGAGAGUGCUCCAAGGUUCCGGGUACUCCUGCUUCCUAUCCUGCUGCUGCUCCUGGCCACACCGCCUGUGGUUAGCAAGGGCUGUGUCUGCAAAGGAAAGGGCCCGUGCCUCUGUGUGGGGACCAAAGGGGAGAAGGGGGAGAAAGGCUGUGCCGGGCCCCCUGGUUUACCUGGCCAGAAAGGAUUUCCAGGUCCUGAAGGCUUGCCUGGACCACAGGGACCCAAGGGCUCUCCAGGACUUCCAGGGCUCACUGGCCCCAAAGGCAUCAGGGGAAUAACUGGAUUACCAGGAUUUUCAGGUCCUCCUGGACUUCCAGGCAUCCCAGGCCACCCUGGGCCUCCUGGGCUGGCUGGUUUACCAGGAUGCAAUGGUUCGAAGGGUGAGCAAGGAUUCCCAGGCAUUCCGGGGACACCAGGCUAUUCGGGGCUCCCAGGUCCUGCUGGUUUGAAAGGACAAAAAGGUGAGCCUGCUCAAGGAGAAGACAGGGAAUUCAAUGGCAAAGGUGACCCUGGGCUUCCAGGGCCUCCAGGCUUCCAGGGUUUUCCAGGCCCCCCAGGUUUUCCAGGGCCUGCCGGUCUACCUGGUCCUCCGGGAGAUUUUGGUCUUCCAGGUGCCGUGGGACCCAGAGGACCAAAAGGUCAUAUGGGCGAUAAUGCCAUAGGACAAAAAGGAGAAAGGGGUGUGAAAGGAUUGACAGGACCUCCUGGACUGCAAGGAACAGUGAUUGUCACACUCAUCCACCCAAACAACACAUCGGACUUUAAGGGGGAGAAAGGAGAUAUGGGAGAGAUGGGUGAACCUGGGCAUCCUGGACCCUUGGGGCCACCUGGAGACUCCUAUGGAUCAGAAAAGGGUGUUCCUGGAGAGCCUGGUCCAAGGGGAAAACCUGGAAAAGAUGGUGCUCCUGGCUUCCCUGGCACUGAGGGAGCCAAAGGCAACAGGGGCUUUCCUGGGUUAAGGGGUGAAGAUGGCAUUAAGGGAUGGAAAGGAGACAUUGGCUCUCCAGGAUUCCCGGGUCCAACAGAAUAUUAUGACGCAUACCUGGAAAAGGGAGACAAAGGAAUGCCAGGCCCACCUGGGCCCAAAGGUGCUCGUGGCCCACAGGGUCCUAGUGGUCCCCCUGGAGUUCCUGGAAGCCCUGGACUGUCAAGGCCUGGCCCCAGAGGACCUCCUGGAUGGCCAGGCUUGAAAGGAAGUAAAGGGGAGAGAGGACCCCCUGGAAAAGGCACCAUGGGCCCUCCUGGACCCCUGGGCUGCCCGGGUUCACCAGGUCCACCAGGCCCACCAGGACCUCCAGGACGUCCAGGUGACAUUGUUUUUCAGCCGGGACCACCUGGUGAUCAUGGAGUGCCAGGCAAUAUAGGACCUCCAGGAGACCCAGGAAUUGAUGGGCCGAAAGGAGAACCGGGCCUUCCGUGCACAGAGGUCCAUUGCAUCCCAGGCCCCCCUGGUCUCCCCGGAUUUCCAGGAUUAGAUGGUUUCAAAGGUAUCCCAGGAGGACGAGGUGCCCCUGGCAUGAAAGGAAACCCAGGGUCCCCCGGAAGCCCAGGACUCCCAGGAUUUGCAGGAUUCCCAGGGGACCAAGGGCACCCAGGACUGAAAGGAAGCAAAGGUGAAACACCUCUACCCUGGGGGCAAAUGGGUGACCCAGGCGAACCUGGGCUCAGAGGUGUGCCAGGGAGAAAGGGCUUCGAUGGAAUUCCUGGAAGUCCAGGAGCAAAGGGAUCGCCAGGACCUAGAGGUGAACCGGCCCUGAGUGGAAGGAAAGGGGACCAGGGACCUCCAGGGGCUCCUGGAUCACCUGGACCUCCGGGACCCCCAGGACCAGCUGGACCACCGGGCUAUGGACCUCGAGGAGAAACAGGUCCAAAGGGAACGCCAGGAGUUCCUGGAGCCCCGGGACCACCUGGAGAAGCCGGUCUUAAAGGAGAACCAGGCAUAUCAACACCAGUUCCAGGUCCCCCAGGACCUCCAGGGCUCCCGGGGCAGGCCGGUCGGCGAGGUCUACCUGGUUUGCCUGGACCUGUGGGAAAAUGUGAGCCUGGUCUUCCCGGACCUGAUGGUGAACCAGGGCUCCCAGGAAUUGGACUUCCUGGGCCUCCAGGACCUAAGGGAGAUCAAGGUUUCCCAGGAACAAAAGGAUCACCUGGUUGUCCUGGGGAACCGGGAAAGCCAGGCCGUCCUGGAGAACCAGGCCACCCAGGAGCCAAGGGAGAACCAGCACUAGCCAAGCCGGGGGAACCUGGAAAACCUGGCUUUCCAGGAGAAAGAGGCAAUCCUGGGGAAAGUGGAGAAAUUGGACUCCCUGGGCCUCCAGGCCUCCCUGGAACUCCAGGAAAGGAUGGACCUGAUGGGCCUCCAGGAGACCCAGGACAGCCUGGACCGCCUGGAGCAAAAGGAAUCCCGGGGAGGUGCACACAAGGACCCAAGGGUGUCCAAGGACUUCCGGGCCUAAAUGGAUUGAAAGGGCAACCAGGUAGAAGAGGCGAUAUGGGGCCAAAGGGAGACCCUGGCAUCCCAGGCUUGGACAGGUCAGGAAUGCCUGGAGAACCCGGCCCACCAGGAAUGCCAGGUCAUCCUGGCGAGAUAGGACCACCUGGCCGGAAAGGAUAUCCAGGGGAUGCAGGAUACCCAGGGCCACCAGGCGAGAAAGGAGAGGUUGGGAUGAUGGGUUAUCCUGGAACCACUGGUCCUCCAGGGUCUCCUGGGAAACCAGGUUCACAGGGGCAGAGAGGUAGCCGUGGAAUCGCAGGAAUAAAAGGGGAAAGAGGACGCCCAGGAUCCAAAGGUGAACGAGGAGAGAAGGGAAAUCCUGCAACUCUCCAAAUUCCACAUUUAAAGGGGGACAAAGGAGAACCCGGAUUCAAAGGAUUUGUAGGAAAUCCAGGUGAAAAAGGAGACAGAGGCAUUCCAGGGUUAUCAGGUCUGAAAGGCUUCGAGGGACUGCCUGGGCCCCCAGGCCCUCCAGGUAAGGGCCCUAGAGGCGACGUGGGACACAGUGGGAAUCCUGGAGAAGCAGGGCCAGGCGGCAUGCCGGGAAGCAUGGGGAACAUGGGUGUGCCAGGCCCUAAAGGGAGAAAAGGAACUUUGGGAUUACCGGGUCUAGCUGGAAGACCAGGCCUUCCAGGGAGUCGUGGUCAAGGAGAUAAGGGGGAGCAAGGUCAUUCAGAAGGUGCAAGGCCAGGACCACAGGGACCAAAGGGCAUUCCAGGUGAUCCAGGAUUUUCCAGGUAUGACAAAGGAAAGAAAGGAGAGAGAGGCCCACCUGGGCCACCUGGACAAUCGGGACUUGCUGGACCUGACGGUGCCCCUGGGAGUCCUGGAAGUCGUGGCCACCCAGGGAAUCCGGGUCCUGGUGGUUGAUUUGGGUCCAAAGGAAAGAAGGGCUGUCCAGGCCUUCCAGGAAGCACUGGCCCCCCAGCCCCUCAGGAUUCCCCAGGACCUCCUGGACCCAAUGGGUAUGAGAGGCAACAGGGCCAUGAUGGAAUUCCUGGUCCACCCGGAGAAAAGGAGAAGACCAGGCUUGCGGGGGCCCAUCCAGGCCCAAAAGGGAACCCUGGUGUUCCAGGUGUCAAAGGAGACAAGGGAGCCCCAGGCUUGCCUGGCCUCCCUGGCAGGAAGGGGACCAUGGGAGAUGUUGGACCUCAAGGACCCCCAGGCAUCAGUGGACUCCCAGGACCACCAGGUCUACCUGGGGCAAUUGUCCCUGGCCCAAAAGGAAACAAAGGUCUUCCUGGCCCAAGAGGAAGUCCAGGUAAGCCAGGUCCCCCUGCUCCAGGACUUAUCAUAAAAGGCAUAAAAGGUGACAAAGGAUUUCUGGGCCUACCUGGCCCCAAAGGUCUACCUGAUGUAGGCGACAUGGGCCCACAAGGUCACCCGGGAGCACCAGGUACCCCAGGUCUUCCAGGUCUCAGAGGUGAUCCAGGAUUCCCUGGAUUUCCAGGAAUAAAAGGAGAGAAGGGUAAUCCAGGAUUUCUUGGAUCAAUUGGACAUCCAGGACCCACUGGGCCGAAAGGACCACCUGGUGAACGUGGAAAACCUGGUACACGUAAGAUCAUCUCCCUUCCAGGAAGCCCAGGGCCACCCGGUCCACCUGGACAGCCAGGAAUGAAAGGAGAUCCUGGGUCACUGGGACCACCUGGAAUCCCAGGGCCCUGUGGACCAAAAGGUAAACCAGGCAAGGAUGGAAACCCAGGAUCUCCAGGAGCAGCUGGUGGAAGGGGCAACAAAGGCUCUAAAGGCCAGCAAGGGCCACCUGGAUUGGACGGAUUGCCAGGCUUUAAGGGAAAACCUGGAGAGAGGGGAACACCUGCCUCUGGGACAAGAAUGCAAGGAUUUGUCUUCACCCGACACAGUCAAACCACAGCCAUUCCUUCGUGUCCUGAGGGAACGCAGCCGCUCUACAGUGGCUUUUCUCUUCUUUUUGUGCAAGGAAAUGAACGUGCGCAAGGACAAGACCUUGGCACUCUGGGCAGCUGCCUGCAGCGAUUCACCACAAUGCCAUUCUUAUUCUGUAACAUCAACAAUGUAUGCCAUUUUGCAUCACGGAAUGACUAUUCAUACUGGCUGUCGACACCAGCUCUGAUGCCAAUGGACAUGGCUCCAAUUACGGGCAGAGCUCUCGAGCCCUAUAUUAGCAGGUGUGUGGUCUGUGAAGGUCCUGCCAUGGCCAUAGCCGUUCACAGCCAAACGACAGCUGUCCCUCCAUGUCCCCGUGGCUGGGUUUCUCUCUGGAAAGGGUUUUCCUUCGUUAUGUUCACAAGUGCCGGCUCCGAGGGAGCAGGGCAAGCGCUCGCAUCACCCGGCUCCUGCCUGGAGGAGUUCCGAGCCAGUCCAUUUAUAGAAUGCCAUGGACGAGGAACAUGUAACUACUACUCAAACUCCUACAGCUUCUGGCUGGCUUCAUUAAGCCAAGAAAGAAUGUUCAGAAAGCCUAUUCCAUCAACUGUCAAAGCUGGAGAUUUAGAAAAAAUCAUAAGCCGCUGUCAGGUGUGCAUGAAGAAAAGACACUGAAGAAAUCAAAGAAAAUAGAACCUCUUUUUUUUUCCUUCUUGAAUAGCAAAGUCGUGGCUCAGUGCAUGGGUUUUCCUUAGGUCUUUGUCCUCUAACCUUGCAGUGUUGUUCAGUGACGAUCUGGUGGCGGCACGUUUCACCACACCAGAAAGCGUUCCAUUCAAGCUAGUCCGUGGUAUGGGUCUGUAAACCUGUGUGGUUUCAAAGUCCCCUCUAGGAAGGCAACAGCUUCCCACAAAAUAUCACUGAAAUCACACUCUGCUUGUACACAAAGCACUGACAAAAUGAUGUCUCUGUGGAGCCUGAACUGAAAGCUAAGGGAGAGUUGGUCCAGGGGAUGUUCAGUGUGUUCCUUGUCCCACUUUGACCUAAGGAAUGUGGUUUCUUCCCACCUCCUUUCUGAGACCUUAGACUUCAGCUAGAGAAGGAAAUGGUGUUAUACAGUAUAAAACACAUCAUGACAAGAACUGGAUAGUCAGACCUGUUGAGAUGUAUAAUGCCCAAGAACACACAUAGAUGAGGUUCAUGAUGUUUCAGGACUCAUUUAAAUAUGUCCAAAGCUAGGACCAAAGGAAACUUCUUGAAGGGAAUCAUAAUAGGCUCGGAUAUAAAGUAUGGGCUUUUUUUUUUUCUGUUUUGUUGACGAUGUCUAUUUGCUAUUUUACUAUGGCCAUAGAUUGAAAGGGGAUAAAAUGUUUACCCUUAGGGGGUUAAUUUUUACUAGAAUGUUAUACACAUACACUGAAAUAUUUCUCUUGUUCUCAAUGUUCUCACAAGUAACAAGGAAACAAUUUACUAAAUGUGCACUUUAUCCCCAUUCCUAUAAAUACUGGCCUUAAAGAAUUUCACUAGUAGUUCAAUAAGCCAGGGAAGAAUGAGAGGCAUUUGCUGGUAUAACAGACUCCAAACAUUUUCUUUGAUCGAAAUAGUUCAUAACACAAUUUUACAGAUUUGUUCCUUUGUUACUUUUCUAACUUAUCCUUUGGAAAACUUUACACACACACACACACACACACACACACGUUUUUAUGUUAUAUAUUCUCACCAACCAUGUGGAGCGAGAGACCACUGGGUGUAAACCUUACUGUUUGUCUUAAAACUUGCUUUUAAGUAUAUUGAUACAUUCCCAAGUUUACUUAAUUCAGCCCAACAAGUAUUUUCUUCAGUACUAACCUAUGUCCUAUAUACUGAGCUUGGUCUCAGGGGAAGGUAGUCAGACAGGUUUGCUUCUGAUCCAAUCAUGAGAAGGCAACUUAUUCUUUGUGUAAAGACAAAUGCAAGACCUUCCCUACACACACACAC